CGCGGCGGGUGCGGGCGCGCUCGGCGGCCGACGUCUGGUGCCCGAGCCCUCCAGCCCGGUCGGGACCCGCUUCAUGCGCGGCGGGGCUCCAGCCCGGCCUCACGUCAGCCAUGCCGCACAACAUACGGCUUUUUUCGGACGUCGGCGCCAAGAUGUCCAUGUUCGACACCAAGGCAAAGAAGCACAAGGAGAACCAAAUGAUCAACCCGUUCAGCGAGUGGGACGGCUCUGGCACUAGGCGCAAGAUCUCCAGGGAGGACCCCAACUACGGAAGACCGCUGGAGGGUAGCAAGACGGCUGAGCGCGGCAAGCAGGCCCAGGUGCAGAUGAUCGCCGACAUGGUGGAGAUGUGUGAUGUCAUCUUCGACUGCGGCAUCCAGUCGCCGGACGGCAGGGGUGCCAUCUGUUUCGGCGACGUCUUCCGACUCUACAGUGCUAUCAAUGACAAAUGUGUCGGCCUUCUGAUGCGGGGACGAAAGCAUAAUAUCCUUGACUUCGAGGGAGAAAUGCUUUUCCAGCGGCGUGACGACGACAAGAUGAUCGAGCUGCUGCUCCCGCUCAACACCAUCCGCUAUAAGUACGGCAUGCCGGCGCGCGCCGGCUGCGGCGACGUUUGCCCCGAGCUGCUGGAGGAGCUGGAGCGCCAGCAGAAGAUGCGGCAGCCACGCGCUCGCUCGCUCGAGCUGCUGGAGCCACCGCACCCGGCGCACCAGAAGAGCCGAUCCAUGGAGCUGGACACGAGCUGGACGCGCGCGGCCGAGGGCGGCGCCGCUGAGGCGGCGUGCGAGCCGCGCUGGACGCUGCAGGUGCCUGGCCAGGCGCAGCACGGCCGGCGCGCCUGCAGCGCCGAGAACCUCAGCACGAUCGACGACGACGCGGCUGAGGCGGCGGCCCGCGGGUCGGCGGCGCGCGCGGAGGACGGGGAGCAGGUGGAGGGAGCGGCGGGAGGCGCGGAAGGCGGCGAGGAGGUGGAGGGAGCGGUGGGAGGUGUCGAGGAUGUCGGCCAGCAAUCCCCGCCCAACGCCGCCUCCGACGCCGCCGCGUCCGAACGCCUGCCGUCUCCGACGAUAGACUUCUGGGAGGCGACGAGCGCCGAACAUCCUGCCGACGACGCGGCGGGCGGCGGGACCCCGCCUGCGCCUGAGGCGGGCCUCCAGGAGCGGCCGCCGCUUCCGAGUCCGCAGAUCACCGUGUCGGACGAGGAUGAGCCGCUGCCGGCGCGGUAG